AUGGAGACGGCCGCCCUGCCCCGCUGGAGGGUCCCCUCUGUGCCUGGCGGAUUCCAGAUAUUCCUCUAUUUCUUAUGUGCCUUCCAGAACAUCGCAUGUGGUAUCCACUACUUGGCUGCCGUGUUCCUGAUAGUUACCCCAUAUCAUACCUGCAGGCCCCCAGGCAAUCUGCAGGAUGGUGAGAUCUGGGAGCUGUCAAUGUGUAGCAGGGUCAAGAGGGAAAACAUGUCCAGUUUGAACUAUGAGUACAGCGGCAAGAAGACCAAAUUUCCUUGUGUGGACGGCUACAUAUUUGACCAGCGAAAGUGGAAAAGCACUGUGGUGACCGAGUGGAAUCUAGUCUGUGAACGAAAAUGGUUUGCAGCAAUGAUCCAGCCCCUGUUUAUGUUUGGAGUCCUGGUGGGAGCAGCGACUUUUGGCUACAUGUCUGACAGGCUCGGACGACGAGUGGUCCUGUGGUCCACAAGCACCUCCAUAUUGUUGUUUGGAAUAGCAGUGGCAUUUACACCUGAUUAUUACAGCUUCAUAGUUGUGCGCUUUUUUCUUGCCAUGUCUGCAAGUGGUUAUCUCGUGGCGGCGUUUGUCUACGUGAUGGAGUUUGUCGGAAUGAAGUCUCGGACGUGGGCCUCUAUCCAUUUGCAUUCCUUUUUUGCAAUUGGAACCAUGGUGGUGGCUUUCACAGGCUACUUGGUCAGGACCUGGUGGAUUUAUCAGAUGAUCCUCUCCACAGUGACUGUCCCCUUCAUCCUGUGCUGUUGGAUGCUCCCAGAGACGCCCUUUUGGCUUCUCUCAGGGGGAAGAUACCAGGAAGCACAGAGAAUAGUUGAUACGAUUGCCAAGUGGAACGGGGUGCGCUCCUGUAAACUGUCAGAACUUUUAGCCCUGGAUGAUCCUGUUCGCAGGAGCUCCCCUGAGAUUAAGACAAACAACAUAUUAUAUCUGUUCUAUGACUGUACUGUUUCAAUAAGGACGCUUAUUGUCUGGCUGAUUUGGUUCACGGGGAGCUUGGGAUUCUACUCCUUCUCCUUUAAUUCUCUCAAUUUAGGAGGCAACGAAUACUUAAACCUCUUCCUCCUGGGUGCAGUGGAAAUUCCUGCCUACUUCUUUGUGCUCUUGGGGAUGGGCAAGGUGGGGAGAAGAAACGUCCUGGCCUUCUCCCUCUUCUCCAGUGCGCUGACGUGUGGUGUGAUUAUGGUGAUCCCCCGGAAUUAUUUUGUUUGGAGUGUGGUGGCAACUAUGGCUGGAAAAUUUGCCAUCGGGGCGGUGUUUGGCCUUAUCUACCUCUAUACGGCUGAGCUGUAUCCAACCGUUGUAAGGUCGCUGGCCGUGGGGAGUGGCAGCAUGGUGUGUCGCCUGGGCAGCAUCUUGGCCCCGUUGUUCGUCUACUUCAGCAGCGUGUGGAUCUUCAUACCGCAGUUGCUUGUUGGGCUUACAUCCUUUAUAAGUGGAGUGCUCACACUAAAGCUUCCAGAAACCCUCGGGAAGCCGCUGGCAGCUACUUGGGAGGAGGCUGCGCGACUGGAGUCAAAAACUAAUACAAGUUCAAGUAAAAGACGUUCUGUAACUUGUAGUAGUGAGUUGGAAAAAACAGAAGCGAUUAACCCCGGGAAUAAAAGUGCCACCCGAGCUAUCUAG